AUGAGAGUAAGUACGUUUAGUUUAGUUAGUACGAGAUACGAGAAUUUCGAUCGUUUUGCUGACGAAUUGGAAUUCAAAAUUACUUUGAUGUUUGCCGGAUACGCAGAAGCUCUCAUUAAGACGGCGAUCGAAUUUGCAUGCAAAUGGUUUGGAACAUAUCCUGAAAUAUGGAGUAUGUUUAGCACUACUGCAAAAAACGUGGACGAUUUGCUGGAAUCGCCGUCCAUUAUGAAUCAUUCGAAGAAAUUUGAAGAAUUAUUUGAGAUUGUCAUUUAUAAUUUGCAUAAACGCGAAAAACUUGUCGAAUCGUUGAUUGAAUAUGGUAAAUUUCACCAUUCCUUUGGCGCACAGCAAAGAUUCGCUACUACCUUAGCUACAGGUCUGAAGUUUGCUGUGUUCUCGUAUUUGCAAAAUGAUCAUAAUCAGGAUGAUUGCAAAACACAAGAAGCGUGGGACAGUCUAUUCAGCUUUUUGUCUGGGUUGCUGAAGUUAGGUAUGCGAAAAGCGAUUGAAGAAGAGAAAGCAGAUGGAAGAGAUCCGAAACAAUCAACUAGUCAAAAAACAAUAUUUGAAGAAUUUUCUGUUUGAAUUUAAACGAAAGUUUUUUUAAAAAAGAAAUCAAGCAAUGACAUCGCGGCGAAUAUUUUUUCAGGUAUAAAUAAAAACUGUAAGGUACAAGAUCAGAUAAAAAUAAUAUUGUAGCUGUGACAAGCCCAUUAAUUCGUUAGUUCAUGGACACUAAUCCGUGUCUUUCGCAUUGUUUGAGAUGGUAAUGAACAUAUUAGUGCAUACAAAUAUUUUUUAACUAAAGGAGACAAGCAGGCGCAUGAACAAUGUCUUAAGCACACUUUAAGACGGCUUAAAUCACUUAUUUUACUUGUACAUAUGUAUACAUAUCAAAUUUGUUUGUUAAUAAAAUACGUUGAUGCUUUCGUUGCUGUUUUUGUUGUUGUUGUUUUUGUUGUUGUUGUUGUUGUUAUACACAUGCUAAAAUCCCAGACGGAAUACAAUUGACAUCUCUCCAAAGUGAAAAUUAUUGGUGCAAGAAAAUUGUCCGCUUUAAAUAGAUGUCUGCUUUUUGCGGAAUUUUAAACGAAGAAGAUUCUCAUUCUAAACUAAGAGACUAUGUGUUAAGGCAUAAUUCAUAACAAAAAAUACAGACUCAAGAUUUACAAAGUACUUUGAUUGAUAACUCUUUCUUAUCGUUGUUGACAACAAACAACACAAUAAAAAAAGUUGUUAUCCCUGUUAACACUGGGCUUUUUAUAAUACAGCAAGAGGAGGGCAUAAAGCGCCUGCGGGUCAUAAAUCUGGAACUAAUUAUGCUUAAUACAAACAGAUUCCACGCAAAAGAGUUUUGUGGUGACUUCAUUGGGA